CGAUCAAGGUGGUGGAGUGCCUGUGGUCCCAAUUAGAGAAUUGGUAGGUUAAUAUAAGACAAUUAACCUCAUAUGAACCCUUCGUUGAAACUAUCAUUAUAUAUGCGAUAAUUUAACCGAGGAUAAUUUAUAAAAUCGGUCAAGAAUUUGACUUUGAUUUUCUUUGUUUUUGUCUUAAAUAUCUGUAUGGCGUUUAAUAAGCCCGGGACGAGUGUACUAAUUCCGCAUGGUUUUUUGCACCCAAGAAAAGGAAAGCAUUAGAGAAGUAUUAGAGAAGUUUAAAGUUCAUAAAUAACCGCGGGCGCAUCACUGGGUUGACCUUCCACUUUAUAUCUCAAAAGUAUGGCGAUUUUCAUGCAGGAGUGAAUCAGUCGACUGAUGAGUGAUUUAAGAAAAAAAAAUAUCAAUGCGAAACUCGGAUAAUCGUUUAAUAGGAGGACCAGCCAAAAGUUUAUUUGUUUUUGCUUCCUAUAAAAGAUCAAAGGCAACAGAUUGCUGGAAAUCGUAAAACCUAAGGCAAGUUUGCUUUUAAAAUUGAUGUAUUUGUUUGCUCCAAUUAAAUAAAAAGAUUAUAUGUUGCGUAUAUAAAUAAAAAAAUACAAUGUAUUCAGUGCAUUGUUUUAAUAAAUUACCCUUUUCAUUUACCCAAUUUCGGUUAUUAGAAUAUAUAUUUGUGAAAUUAAUAAUAUAUUCGUAUAUAUUGGGGAAAUUCAUAAUUUUGCAGAUUAAAAGUGAUAAUUUCACGCCGUUUUGUUUUCAAUUCAAAAAAUCUAUAAAAAGUGCUUGUGUUACCAUGAAAACCACUUCAAAUACUCCAUGUUCAGGAAAUAAAGUAUAGUUUUGCUGGCAAAGCGAGGUGUUUCUGCAUGCAUGCAUGUAUUUCUAGUCAAUAACUGCAAUAACAAGUCAAUAACUCUAGUUUAUAUAAAGUAGCUGGAGAACUCAAUUUUAGAACGGCCCAUUUUAACUUUUAGAACUACUUAUUUUACAUUUAGAACUAGUCAUUUUGGAAAAUGGGACGCCUUACGAUGACCCCUGGUAUUUUGUUAAUUAAAACAAAGAACACAUUUGCGAAAAUUUUCGAGGAAAUGCUUGCCAAAAAGAGGCAAAAAUAUCCCGCAUUCUUUUGUCGUGCUCAGCCGAGUUAUUGGGCUCGGACUACAUAAACGACCAGUCAAAAGCGUUAUUAUAUAACGUAUAUAUCCAGGCCCUAAGAUAUCGUCCGUUGGGCGGCGGGGGGUCAUCUACAAAAAGGAACCAUACUAUCCUGAGUGUGGAGAGAACAAGCACAGCGAGUGAGUGAAAUAUUGUUUUUAACACGAGAAGAUAAAAGUCAUAUCUUCAAGCCACCGGUUAUGUUCUGUUUAUUAUAUAGUCCCAAUUAAAAAAUUGUGAAAUUUCACGCUCAAAAGCAAAUUGGAAAAAGUCACAUGACCGAUAUCUUCACUAGUGAAGAUAUGGAAAAUAUCUUACUGUGUAUUUUUCGGUAUCUCACUCUCUACUAUAUAAUAAAUAACAAUAUAUUGGAUGUUUUGAUCUAAACACGAACGGUCUGUGCCAGCGUAGGUAUAGUGAUAAAAAUUCAACUAUCUGAAAAAUAUAAGCAAAACUUCGACGUUUCGAGCGAAGGCCCCUUGUCGGGAAGUUAGUAGAGUACGAACCACCUAACGAACAGCCUUCGCUCGAAAUUGUACUUGUAUUUUUAGGUAGCUUAAUUCCAUUCAUGCAUUUAUACAGUUUUCCAAUGUUUUGAUGUAAAAUUUAACCAAUGUUUGUGGCUUUUGAGGUGCCUUGGUUUUUGGGGUAUACAAUUACAUGCUACCUAGAUGUAUAAAAGGAUGUUGAUAUAAAAUAUUAUAAUCUGUUAAAGUAAAUAAAUAAAUGAGGUCUAUCUUUUCUUCCUUUCAGCUUCGUUUCAGUGAUCAAACGGAUCGUAUGCUUCUGGCAAUUGCUGUUUUAGGAUGUUUUCUCUAUGGUAGCAUUACUCCUGGUCAAUUCAUAUUGCUUGGGUCAUUGACGCAGGACAUAGCCGAUUAUGGUAUUUGUAUAAGGAAUAACUGUAGCGAUCCGUUAGACCUUGAAGAUUCCAUGACAACUGUUUCGAUUUGGUACGUCGGCCUUGCUGCAGGCAACUUCUUCUUUUCCUGGUUGGGCAUCGGAUUAUUUGGCUAUAGCGCAGAACGACAAGUGCACAAAAUAAGGUUGGCUCUGUUCAGAAAUGCAAUCCAUCAGGAGAUCGGCUGGUUCGAUAAGCACUCGAGUGGAGAAAUACUCAGUCGACUGUCAGAGUAUGUUAUUCUUUCUUUCUUAGGAAUUGCAUGACUGUUCAUUAUUUCUAUACAGGUGGUUAUUGAUGCCGAAGAGAAACUGCGACCAGCAUAUUCUUACAAAAUCAACAAAGACAUGUCGAGACUACUUGCAGUUAGCAGUACAGAUGUAACACAUAGAACUAGUAAAUAACGUAACCUUGGCUCGCAAUCUGAGACCUUAUAUAGCUCAAUGGUUAGAGCGUCUGUCCGGUUAUCAGAAGGUUACGUGGUUCGAUUCCCGUUAGGGCUCAGAACAUUUCCAAAUAUCACAUAUAUCAACACUAUGUUUUUUGCAACCCAAAAUGGCAGAAGUAAAAAAUACGUGUUGUGACGUCACUUGCAAGAGCCCAAUACUGUCGUAGGCUAACUUUCAUUUUAAUCACCUUAGAGAUAUCAAUAAAAUUGGCGAUGGUAUUGGUGCCAAAUUUGGACGGAUAAUAUGUAGUUUGAUUGGCUUUUUUGUUGGCUAUAUAAUUGGCUUCGUUUAUUGUUGGCGACUAGCAUUUGUUAUGCUGUCUCAGCUUCCGCUACUCUUUUUAUGUGGUGGAAUGAUGGCGACG